CGCACAGUUGAGCAGGAUAGGAAAACCAUUAAACUUCAGAUUGUUGUUUACGAUAUGACUAAUCAAGGGAGUUUUAACAAUGUCAAGCAAUGGUUAAGCGAAAUUGACCGGUAUGCAAGUGAGAAUGUAAACAAGCUUCUAGUUGGAAACAAGCGUGACCUUACUGCACCGAAGGUGGUGUCUUAUGAGACUAGAAAGCCAUUUGCAGAUGAAAUUGGGAUUCCUUUCUUAAUCAAACAAUGGACGUCAUUUCUCGAUUUGAACAUUUUUUAUAGAGGCCUUUAUAAAACGGCGUCAUGAGUAAUACAUUUGAGUACUAUUGUCAUGUGACAAGUUUAUUUGUACCUUUUAGAUUAUGGUGUGGGCUAUUAGUUUGCUAGAAAUAUUGGAUCUAUUUUGUAUUACAGGCUUAUGUAAUGAACCCUUUAAUUAAGGUGUUUUAGAUAUUUUGGGAUUAUGAAAAUGAAGACUCUUUUACGUUUCACA